AUGAUCGAAAGUGAUUUUUUCACAUUUCAAGAAAAAAGGAACGGUUGGUUGUGGCGUAGGGAGAUCUCCAGGGUCGAUAAAAAGAUCGAUUGGUUGAAACAAAAAAAGCGUCAGUAUUGGAUUAAUAACAUAAGACACAUUAAACAUGUCGCCAAGACUUCGGAUGUGACUAAUGAGAAAAGAACUUUUUCUUUCCAACGGCUUACGCCCAGUGUGAAUGAGACAAUACACAAAAUCCAUGUGUCUCCCUCUGAAUUUAAUUCUGAUAUUCCUCUGGACACUUUGCAUAACGAUUGGUUUACUAAUCUAAGCAAUAAUGACAUCCCGAGGGCCGUCCAAUAUCUCUUACAACUGGGGGACCGCUUUGGUUUACCUUUAUUGGAUGGUGACAGAGGAAGAACAUUAUUAGAAUUCAUCAAACACAUAGAACAUAACAUCUCACAAUACCGAGAAAACAUACACGCGGCAAUAAGGAAUCGUUCGGUAUCGAUCUUGGAGACCUUGUUUCGCAAUGACCGUCAAGUAAAUAUCAAUGACCAGCUAAUUAAAGACUGGUUAAGAACCACGGGAAGAUUCGUUAGGGAGCAUCCUAAUAUUUUGUUUACCAGAGCGGACAAGGGUAAUGUAGCAGUUGCCCUUGACAAGAAUGAUUAUAUCUCGAAGAUGGAGGGCAUGCUCUCUGACGAGUCUACUUACGUCAAAUUAUCCAAAGAUCCGAUUCAAAAAUUAACCAAAGAGACUCGCUCUCUUCUCUCCAUAUGGAAAGAUAAAGGUUUCAUUGAACAACAUAUUUAUAGGAGUUUAUUGACAACGGACGGUGUUUUGCCGAGAGCCUACGGCCUGCCGAAGAUCCACAAACCUAAUAACCCUUUAAGAAUUAUAAUUUCUUCCAUAAAUAGUCCGUUACAUUCUCUAGCUUAUUUUUUACAUAACAUAAUUUAUAACAGUAUCCCGGAAGCAGAUAGUUUCGUGAAAAAUAGCUUCCAUUUGGUCAAUAAACUUAAUGGCCUUCACGUGGAAUCGGAUCUCGUCUUAGUGUCAUUGGACGUCGUGUCUCUUUUCAUCAACGUUCCAAAAAACUUAGCGGUGGAAAGCGUCACGACCAGAUGGGAUCUGAUUUCAAAAAAUACUACUGUUCCGAUCUUUGGUCUGCCGAUGGGAUCACCGCUGUCUCCUAUUUUAGCUGAUCUGGUCAUGCAGGAUUUGGAGUAUAUGUAG